AUGUGCGGCAUCCCCCGACCAAGCUCCGGCCACAGAAUCGCCAUCAUGUUCCCCUCGCCAUCGCCAUCUCCCUCACCAUCCUCCUCACUCUCAUCAUCACCAACCUCAUCUCCAUCAUCCUCCCCAGAACCACAACAACUCCCUGCCCAGGAAUCAUACUCCCUCUUCUUCCGCGAAUCAGAACCCCACACGAAAGCCGUCUUCCGGAGUAAAGACGUCUCGACGAUGGAUUCAUUCCGCUCUUGUAACGAUAUUGAUCUCCGGAUUGAACGCCACGGCGACCUAACAGUCUCGCACCCGGGUCUUUCCCUGGGCCAGAUUGCGCCACUUCAUGCGUUCCAGCUGCGUCCUUCGUCUUUGUCUUCUGAGAAGAAGGCUGGAGAGAUGGAGUUCAGUCUCCCGCAGAAACUCGACCUCGGUGUUUCGGAGCAGGGAAUUGUCGGGAGGAAGGUCACGGUUGUAGCGAGGGGAGAGGGCGGGGAGGUGCUCCAGAUGGGGAAUGGGAUUGUUGGGUAUGAUUAA